UUUAGGAUAGGAAAAAGAAAAAUCCAAAGGAAUUGUUGGUGCAAGCCGGUCAGUGGGCACAUGGUCUCAGCAAACUUGCCCUGUUGUGUGCGAAUUGUUGUUACGACUUUCUAUGAUGUUCAUGAUUAGCAGUGGCCAUUAGAAAUGGUAGAAAAUUUUUAGUAUAAGGAACACUUUUUGUGAAAAUGAAUGGUGUUAUUUUAACUGGUUUGGGACUGGCUGCCGUCGGUUUUGGAGCUAGAUAUGUGCUUCGACAAAUGCCCCAGGCGGCCAAAACUUUUAGCGAAGCUAUGAAGAACUUGCCCAAUUUCGAACAAGCUGCACAUUCAAAAUACUAUAAAGGCGGUUUUGACCAGAAAAUGAAUAGGCGAGAAGCAUCUUUAAUAUUAGGAAUAAGUCCCUCUGCAAACAAAGCCAAAGUUAAGGAAGCUUUCAAGAGGGUUAUGGCCGUCAAUCACCCCGACAGAGGCGGAUCUCCUUAUUUAGCGUCGAAAAUCAAUGAAGCAAAAGACUAUUUAGAAAAGCAUACCAAGUGAAUGCAAACUAUUUAACAAGAAUUCUUGCUCUACUUUAUUGGAAGAGUACCUGAUGAAAAUAUGAGUGAUGUUCUGACAGAAUAAAUGAUUUGUCUGUAUAUAUCAAUUAGUAUUUCAGAAUAAAAUAAGAUGUAUUAUCAGUAUCCAACAAAAAUGUUAAUUACAUAAAUCUUACCCUACUUAAUUCAAUGGUAGUAAGAAGUUUUGAAUUGGAGAAUGAACUCCCAAAAAAUAAAGUUUGCUCUAGAGAAACGCAAGAACAUGUUUAAAUAUAUUUUUAUUAAGUUUU